UGUUCGGUUCAUUAUUCGCGUUUUCUUUUAUGUAUUGAACGACGAACGAAAAGUUUUGUUACAAAAUUAGUUGAAUGCAACAAAAUUUAUUUAUAUAAAACAUCAUACAUAUUCAGAAAAUUAAAUAUAGUUGGAAAGUGCUCGUCUACGUGUGCUUACAAAACAGUGUUGCAGAGAAAUCGGCGCAUUGCAGAACUGCCUCAUGAUGGAAGACGAUUCCGUGGAACUUGGUGGCGAAGGAGACAAAAAUAGCAAAGAAAGUAAACGGGACAUCACAACAAUACAAAUGGAAGAAAGCGAGGAGCUUAGUCAGGACUCGAGUGUGAUGAAUAACUCGCAAAGUGUAUUGGAAAAGAUUGCCAAUCUGUAUGCGGAGCAGCUAAUGUCAGACAUCAUUUUGGUAGUGGGUAAUGAACAGUAUCCAGCACACCGUGUAAUACUCUGCGCAAGUAGCGAGGUGUUCCAAGUGAUGCUUAUGAAUCCACAGUGGAAUGAGUGCCGCAAGCAUGUUAUCGAACUGGUCGAAGAACCGUGUUGUACUGCAGUAUUUCCGCAAUUUUUAAAAUAUUUGUAUGUGGGCCAAAUAAAAAUCUCACUACAGACGGUCAUGCCAAUGUUGGCGUUAGCAGACAAAUACAAUGUCAAGGAUCUCGUAGAGUUAUGUGUUGACUACAUGAUGAAACAUAUUGCUAAGGCCGCAACCCAAGGCUACCUUGUAUCAUGGUUACAGUAUACAAUCGCUUUUAGCCCUUAUCAUAAAGAGCUCACCGAAACAUUAAAACGUUUUUUAAAGUGGAAUUUAGAAAUGGUGAGCGAAUCGAAAGACUUUGUCGAAUUGGAUACGGCAAUUAUGGUGCUAUUACUGCAACAGAAUGAUAUUGUGGUGACUAGUGAGUAUCAAUUGUUUGGUAUAUUGCAACGUUGGCUUUUGCAUCGGAAAGAAGUAUUUGACAAUGACGACAUACUGACAUUAGAAGAAAAAAAUUCAGCAUUUUUGCAAUUGGUCGAGCAAACUGUUGUGCACAUACGAUUCGCAAUGAUGACGCCGCGUGAGUUGGCGCACUUGUUGCUCUUUCCACUGUUGGAAUACCACAAAGAGUAUAUCGUGCUGCGUAUGGCAAUAGGCAUGAGCUAUCAGUCAGGUCAGGAAGAACGUGUACGUGAGGUGCGAUACUCACCAGAGGGCAUGCUACAAUUUACACCGCGUCUUUACUCCAAUGACACGUGGAGUGUCAGCAUAUAUGUGAAAGAGUUUGAUCAAAUCGAAAAAUAUACAAAUUAUGUGACGUGCUUCUUUUCGCAACGGAAUAUUGCUGAAACCGAAGAUGACCACACUAUUACUUGGGAGAUUGAAUUUUUUCCACGCGGCGUCAAAUACAACAAGGCGAAAAUCAUUUGGGGUGAGGACGUGCCGGAGUUCUCGCUGAAAACUGUACGCCUACGUGCGACUUGCAAGUAUCCGCAGCUCUAUGAAGAACGUUUCAAGGUAGCUGUACUGAUCACUGGCGUGCAGAAUAAAAUCGAUCAUAUUCUUACCGUUCACGAGCGUACCGAAUAUUUUUCGAAUAAAGUGCGCGUUUUAAAUGUGGACAACCUUAUACCCUACGAUGAGCUGGCUUUGUCUUCCAUUAAACUGAGCCCGCAUCUGAUAGGCCCUGAACGCAAUAACUUGUCGAUACAAGUAAUAAUAGCUCCGAUGGGGCCAUAUACAUGUCGUGAUGCGCCACCAUUCGAUUUCAAGUAAAAUGCAAAGCAGUUUAAAUGUGUAAGCAGGUGUAAAAAAGUGCACACGUUGUGGCCAUCUGAAUAUAGGCGAUGCAUUUUAGUUUAGUGCAUCGUAAUUGAAUUGAAAAAUAUACAGGGUAUGCUUUCUUUCAUGUCGGUAUGUGAAUAUAAUUUAUAAUUUAUAAAUUUAAAAACAAACCGAUUUCUAUAUAUGCGGUACUUUUUUAUUUAAUUUGGUCCUUUACAAUUUAUUUAGACUAGGUUUUGGAUAAAUGCCGGAGUUAUUCAAUGCUUGCAUACCGACAUAACAGAUGGCACACCCGUUUUAUGUACAAUAUGUAUGCUUAAAAAUUAAUUAAGUUUAUUGAAUGCUGUAGUGGUUCGUUUUUUCUUUAUUUUGAAAGUAUUAUUUAUUAUUCUGCCUUAACACUUGUGUUUGCACUCACAAAUUGGCAUUCGAUGAUUUCAACAGCAAUAAAGGUUAAAACAUUUGUGUAAAUUUAGAAAA